CCCGCCCCCGCCCUGACCCCGGCCGUGACCCCGGAAGUCCUUAGGCCCCGCGGGCUCCACGUGUCCCCCCGGGCCAGCGGUCGGGGCCUCUGGGCCUCCGUCCGGGCCGGAGCCAAGAUGGUCAACGAGCAAUACCACCGGUUCCUGGAGCGUCGUUUUCCCGGGUUCUACGUCCUGUACACCACCUUCUUCAAAGGGUUUCGGGGGCUGGUGGCGGACGCCCAGGAGGCCCGCCGCAUCCGGCUCAGGAGGCUGGACCAGGGGCUCAGCCGGCAGCAGCUCCCCUACAGAGACAUGGAGCACCUCCGCCAGCCCCGGGGAGGCAGGGAGGCCGCCCCCCCGUCCUGCCUCUCGCCCGGCGCCCGGGCCGAGGCGGGGCUCACCGCCUAUCGUCCCCGGCCAGUUCCGCCGAGACGUGAUGAAGUGUCUCUUGCUGGGCAUCCUGUCCAUCCCGCCGUUUGCCAACUACCUGGUGUUCCUGCUCAUGUACCUGUUCCCCCGGCAGCUGCUGAUCCGGCACUUCUGGACGCCGGCCCAGCGGGCGGAAUUCCUGGACGUGUACCACGCCGUCCGGCGCCGGGCGCACCCGCUGGUCCUCAGCGGGCUGGACCGGGCCGCCGGCCCCGCCGCCCGCCGCCACCUGCAGCGGCUCUGCGCCCGGCUGCAGGCCGGAGACCACCCCAAAGUGGCCCAGCUCCUCGCCGUGCGAGACUGUUUCACAGACCGACCCCUGGGCCUCCGCAGGCUCCCCGCCGCCCACCUGAGAGCCUUGAGCCGAGGGCUGUUCCUGACCCCGUAUCUGCCCGCCCCCGUCCUGAGACGCCGCUUGAAGAGCCACACGGUCGAGCUCCUCCACCUGGACCGCGCCCUGGUCAGGCUGGGGCCUGGCCAGCUGACCGUCCACGAAGUCAAGUCGGCGUGCUACACCCGCGGCCUGGACUCCACACACCUCGGGGAAGCCCAGUGUCGGGACUGGCUGGGGGAGUGGCUCAAGCUCUCCUGCAACCUGAAAGAGGAGGAGCUGUCCCUCCUGCUGCACAGCCUAGUCCUGCUCGCCACCAACUACCCGGGGACGAAGCGCUGAGCGGGGUCGGACCCCCGACGGGUCACCGGAGGGGGGUCCGGGACCCCCCUCGCCCUCCCGGGAAGACGCGGCCCCACCCCCACAGAGGCCUGGCACGGUUGACGUCACCACGCCAACGGGACGCACGACCCUCGGGCCCGCCCGGGGAGGCGGGUCAGCCCGGUGGGCUGCCUGGCCGAAGCGGCGGGAGCCCGCCGCCCCCCCCCAACCAGACUGCACUCCGCCCCUUCCCCCUCCGUGCUGCGGCGCAGACCACCGGCAGGCCCCGCGCUCGGAGCACGUGUUUUAAUUUGACAUUUAAAUAUUUUCUUUAAAUACAGCGUUAU